AUGGAGUCCCCGCCUCAACAAUGGUCGCUCUUCUUCUCCCGCUGCCUCUCGCAGCGCAUCCGCGCCGACGUCUUCGAAGCCGCCGCCGGCCAGCUACACGCGCGGACUCCCAUUGCGGGCCAGAAGCUCGCCGGCCUGCUGCUGCGCCCGCGGACUGCCUCGACUAGCACCAUCGACCCGCUGCUCGUCGUCUAUCUCGAGCGCUUACUCGCAUUGAACCGCGUCGAUGCAGCUGACGUCCUCUUAGCGGCCUUUCGGUGGUCGCGAGAUCGGCCCUCAAAAAGUAGCGACGAGGCCCUCUCCCCCAUGGAGCGCUGGCAAAACCCGCCUGAACUGGACGAGAUCGUCUUCCACAGGUUGCACAAGGCCUUUGCGACCCCGAGCGACCGCCCGAAGACGCGGAUGGAGGCGCGCAAGGUGCUGACUGUGGUAGGCCAGUGGAUGUCGGCCAUGGUGACGGCGCACGCGGGGGAUGCGGUCGUUCAGGCCAUGACCGGGGUGCAACAGCUUCAACAGCAGUCGAUCAAUGUCCGGGAGGCGCUGGGGAUGCUGGUCAUGGGGAUCAUUGAUAAUAUGAGGAUGGUCCAGCUGCUGAACGGACCGCCGCUCAAAGGUAUGAGUGGACUUCCUACAUCAAUCAUUGCUGCACGAGACUUACAAUCUUCAGAGCUUCGAAAAGCAUUCUCUCAAUCCCUGUCUUCAUUCAUACCCUUGUUAGAGCAGACCUCUCCAACAAUUGCCAGUCGACUCGAAGAAUCUCAGAACAAGCAUGGACUUCUUAUCGACCCUAGCAACGACCUCAACGGCGGGACCGGUGAGAAUGGUAUUGCGGUUGCAACUAUCCAACUCGAAUCUCUCAUGGAUCUACCUACCAUCAACACAAGAGCUGGUCUCUACAUAUUUCUUAACUCUUUGCUUGUUGCUCGUCCGUUGACGGACGAUGUCACGAUUCUUAACUACCUGCAUGCCAGAUACAAACUUGAUACCCAAAACCUUGCGAUUGAUCUCAUUACGGCCUCUUUCGAUAUCUUAUCAAACGCUAUGUAUCGUAGCGAAUCCAACGAGAGGAUGAACUGCUUGAAAUCUUUCCUGAUUAACCGAAUACCACCGCUUGUAGCGCAACUACAAGGACCAUUGUACGGAUUGUCAACGGAAUUCUGUAUCACACGAGCAUUGAGCCACGUGGAUUUGAAUGCUUUUCCAACACCAUCUCAAGGGUUCAAUGACGGCGGCGGCAACAAUGUUCUCUCGGACGUUCGUCAAGAUUUCCUUAACGCCUGCGCUCUCCACAAUCUUAUCCCAAUAUCAAAUAUAGAGAGGCUUCUCGGUGAACGACCAAUGCAGGAACCACCGGAAGUCAAGUAUGUCAAAGAAGAUCUAUUGAAGCAAUGCAAGGAUAGCUUCGAGAAAGUCAACAUGUUUAUCGAUGAAAUUGAGAACAUGGACGGCAAUGCUGGGGCGAUCGUAUUGGCUCUUACUGAGUUCAUAUCGUAUCUUUGCGGGACCAACAUGACCCCUUAUCUCAAGUCCAUAUCUAAUCUACUGUCAAAAAAGCCGCAAGCUCUAGAUGUAAUGCUUCUAUUCACGUCUCCUGCGAGUAUACUACAGCCACUGUGCGGAUUCCUAGACAAUUGGCAGUAUGAUGGAGAUCAAGGCGAGUAUCAGCCUGUAUAUGACGAGUUCGGGGCCAUUCUGGUCCUAAUACUCGCUUUCGUGCAUCGGCAUGAACUUACAUACCAUGAUCUUGGUAUACAGCCUGGAUCUUUCGUAUCGCAAGUGCUUGAGCGCGGACAUCUCAGUAUCCCUGCAGACGAGCUUACCGAUGAGCAAAGUAGACACCUAGGCGGUUGGCUUCGAGGUCUGCUCACUGAGGACUCGGCCGCGAUAGAUGAUGUUAUGAAGUCAUGCCGGAUGCAAGAAUUCUAUCUGCUAGUGCCGACCUUGUUUAGUCAAAUCAUUUAUGCCUGUUCAGCGGAUGUGCUGUCCAUGGACAGUGUCAAAGGGGCUCUAGAAUAUCUCCUUGAGACAUUUCUAUUACCCUCACUAGUCGGCGCAUUGACUUGGAUGACAUCUCAUGCGCUUGAACAGAGCCACCAAGAUGUCGAUGUCUUGAUGCAGAUCUUCCACAAGCUCAUUCGGCCAAACUCGAUAUCCGGUGAUGCACAGACCAUGCACAGCACUAUUCUCUCCAUGGUCUCCACCCGACUAGAGAAAUGUCUACGAACUCUCCGCCGCCGAGAUCCAGCUCGCCCAGACAUCGGACCCCUCCUCGAGACCAUCAAAGGCUAUCUCCACUACGAACGCUCCUCCUAUGCAUCCAUUACUGACCUCGACCAUUGGACCAGCACCCCCGGCAACACCCUUCGCCUGGCUCUUCGCAACACCAUCCGGGACCUCAUCAUCUGGUCCUCGAAUGCAUCGAUCCACCUCUCCCCACCCAGCUACACCCACCGCCAACUCUUCACCACCUCCGCCCUCCUCGGUGCCCACAAAACCCUCCACGCCAUCCUCGACGAAGUCAAGUCUCAGACUUCCACCGGCAACGGCGCCGUGGCUCUCGACGUCGCCACUGCCCUCAUCUGCGCCCCUAGCACCCAGAAUUCUCCUCUCGAAGUUGUGUGGGUGGGUUCUCCGAUUGCAGCCAUCGCCCCCCCACACACCCGCAUCAACCUCCGCGAAAUGCUGAAAGUCGAGUACGACAACGCGGCCAGCAUCUACCUCACCAAUACCGCCACCGCAGAGACAAUCGUACGCUUACACCGUCGCGUCGAAGCGCAGCUCGCAGCUGUGGGCGCGCACGCUCUGCCUGCGCUCAACGUCGACGUGCAGCACGCGAUGCCGGAUAUCGACAUGAGCAUGAGCGCUGUCAACGACGCGGCGGCUGCGGCGGUGGGAUCUAAUAUGGCGAUGGAUCAGCAGGGGCUAGAGAGGGGGUUGGAAAGGCAUUUAGAUCUCAGCGUUGGAGGGGCAGGAGGUGGGCUGGAUCUGGGAGGCGGGGCAAUGGAUUUGGGGUUGGAUCUUGGGGGGGAUAUGGGAAUGGGGAUGGGGUUGGGUGAUGAUGAUGAUGCAUGGGGGUUGGAUUUUGAUAAUAUCGGUCUCGGCGCCGUCCUAACGCGCCUCUUCGCCGCCGAGGGCGCCAACAUCGCCAUCAACUACGUGUGCGCGCGGGAGCCUGCCGAGUCUUUGAAAGAGCAGAUUGAGAAAGAGUAUGGUGUGAAGGCUGUGGUGGUGCAAGCGGAUUGCGGGAACAUGGCGGACUGCGCGCGGUGUGUGCGCGAGGCGAUUGAGGGGUUGGGCGGGUUGGAUGUGUUGAUUGGGAAUGCGGGCUGGACCAAGUUCGGCACCUUCGGCGACCUGGACGCGCUCACGGAGGAGGAGUGGGAUAAAUGCUGGGCCGUAAACGUGAAGGGGCAGCACGCCCUCCUGAAAGCCGCAUUGCCGACGUUCAACGCAAACCCCGAUGGUGGCGCAUUCAUACUCACUGCUUCAGUCGCCGGCGUCUCCCAAGGCGGUUCCUCAAUGGCAUAUGCUGUGACCAAAGCCGCGCAGCUGCAUCUUAUGAAAUGCCUAGCGAGCACGCAGGGACCGAAAGUGCGGGUGAAUGCUGUGCUGCCUGGGUUAUUGCUGACGGAAUGGGUGCGUCCUUCCUCUUAUUCGUUCCAAAACUGGGGUAAUCGCUCACAGCCCCAGGGUCUCCAAUACUCGCCCGAAAUGAUCAAAGCGAUCGAGGACCGGGCGGCGUUGAAAAUGGCUACGGAUCUGGUAGACUGCGCGAAUGCGUUUGUAAUGCUGGCCAAGAAUUCGUCCAUGACAGGCCAGAAGAUCCAAGUUGAUGCCGGAUUGGUCAUCUCGUCUCUAUAGAGGUCCCGAGAUAUGGCGAUUGAGCCCAUUCUCGGCGCGUUCCUAGCUGUAAAAAAUUGACCGUCUGUUGGCAGUUUG